AUGGAAACCAUUGAUGAAGGCUUCUACUCUCGACAACUGUAUGUGUUGGGGCGUGAGGCCAUGCAGCGGAUGGCCUCUGCCUCUGUGCUGAUUGCAGGGAUGCGGGGGCUCGGUGUGGAGGUUGCCAAGAAUGUUAUUCUGGCCGGAGUCAAGUCUGUCACUGUGCAGGACGAAGGAUUGGCACAGUGGAAGGACCUCUCCUCACAGUUUUUCUUGAGUGAGUCCAGCAUCAGUCAGAACAGAGCUGAGUGUUCGCUGCAGCAGCUCAAGGCCCUGAAUCCUGCUGUCCAUGUGUCAAUGCACUCUGGAGCUCUGGACCAACAACUACUGCUACAGUUUCAGGUAGUGGUCCUCACUGACUCGUCUUUGGAUGACCAGAAGAGAUUUGGAGACGUCUGCCAUUCACAUGGGAUUAAAUUCAUUGUUGCAGACACCAAAGGACUCUGCGGGCAGUUGUUUUGUGACUUUGGUGAAGUGUUUGAAGUCUUGGACCAGGACGGGGAGACGCCUGAAUCUGCACUGAUCCAAAAAGUCUCACAGGGGAAUCCUGGAGUGGUCAUCUGCAGUGACGAUCAGAGACAUGGGUUUAAAGAUGGAGCUAAAGUGGUUUUCUCUGAAGUUCAGGGCAUGACUGAGCUCAACACGUUGCCACCAGUGCAAAUCAAAGAGAGAGGAUCAUAUUCCUUCAGUAUUUGCGACACUUCCACCUUCUCAGAGUACGAGCGUGGUGGGAUUGUGACAGAAGUGAAACAGCCGUGCACAUUGCAUUUUAAAUCACUGAGCCAGGCCCUAAUGCUGGACCAACUCCUGAUAACAAAUGAUUUUGGGAAAAUAGACAGACAUAAGACUCUGCAUCUGGCCUUUCAAGCUCUGCAUGCCUUUGUGCAAAAUGAGAACCGACUCCCAAGUCCCCACUGUCAGUCUGAUGCAGAUAUCAUUCUUGAUGCGGUGAAACAAUUGAAUGAUGAUUUCAAACUUGAAAAACUGGAUGAAGCCGCAGUGAGGAGGUUUUCGUUCACCGCUCAGGGCGACCUGGCUCCUCUCAAUGCUUUUAUCGGGGGCCUGGCUGCACAGGAAGUGAUAAAGGCUUGCAGUGGGAAGUUCAUGCCAUUAAAACAGUGGUUCUACUACGAUGCACUGGAGUGUCUCCCAGAAGAUGACCAAGUAGAAGAAAGCUUAUUCACACCAAAGGGCACAAGAUAUGAUGGACAAAUUGCUGUGUUUGGCUCUGAUUUCCAGGAGAAGUUGGGGAGGCAGAAGUACUUCCUGGUUGGAGCAGGAGCCAUCGGAUGUGAACUUUUGAAAAACUUUGCUCUGAUGGGAUUGGGAGCCGGGGAAGAAGGCCACAUCACUGUGACAGACAUGGACCACAUUGAGAAGUCCAACUUGAAUCGUCAGUUCUUGUUCAGGUCUAAAGAUAUUGGGAAAGCCAAAGCGGAGAUUGCAGCCAGGGCAGUGAAAGCCAUAAAUCCUCAGAUGAACAUCACUGCCCACGUAAACCGUUUGGGUUUAGAGAGUGAACAAGUUUACAAUUACCAAUUCUACUCUGGACUGGACGGGGUCGCUGCAGCAUUAGACAAUGUGGAAGCAAGGUCCUACCUGGAUGCUCGUUGUGUUGCACAUAUGAAGCCCAUGUUGGAGGGGGGCACUCAAGGCAGUAAAGGCCACACUUUGGUGGUCGUUCCUCAUCUGACGGAGUCUUAUGGUCCGGCCAAGUCCUCCUCCAAGAAGGAAAUUCCACUGUGCACCCUCAAAAACUUCCCUCAUCGCAUUGAGCACACACUGCAGUGGGCCAGAGACCAGUUUGAGGGACUAUUUAAGCAGGUUCCUGAAAAUGUGAUGAUGUAUUUAAAAGAUGAGGACUUUAUCAAUAGAGCUCUUGGCCGAGGGGAGGUGGAGGCGCUGCAGAUGUUCUCUGAGGUGUGGAGCAGCCUCGUAGAUCUUUCCUCUGGGGGGAAACAUCCUGAGUCCUGGGACCACUGUGUUCACUGGGCACGGCAGCAGUGGGAAACUCAGUUUAACAACGACAUCAAGCAAUUGCUGCACUGUUUCCCCCCUGAUGAGCUGACCACUCACGGCCUUCGCUUCUGGUCUGGAACGAAGAGAUGCCCUCAUCCGCUAACGUUUGACCCCUCCAAUGUGACACAUAUGGAUUUUAUUGUGGCUGCUGCUAACCUUUAUGCACAAACCUAUGGCAUCAGUGGUAGCAGAGACAGAGCUUCAAUCAGAGAACUCCUGAAGAAAGUGACUGUCUCUGAGUUCAUCCCUCAAAGUCUGAAGAUCCCUGUCACAGAUGAGGAGAUGAAGGAGCAACAGGACAAUGAAGCCGAUAAAGAGAAACUGGAGGAGAUGAAGCAGAAGCUGUCCUCUCCAUCGUUGAAGAGUGCAGUGAUGGGGAUGUUUCCUGUGGAGUUUGAGAAGGACGAUGACACCAACUUCCACAUGGACUACAUCACAGCCGCAUCAAACCUGCGCGCGGAAAACUACGACAUCCCAGCAGUGGACCGACACGAGAGUAAGCGCAUUGUGGGUAGAAUCAUCCCGGCCAUCGCCACCACCACCGCUGCUGUGUCGGGCCUCAUGUGUUUGGAGCUGUUCAAACUGGUGCAGGGACAUCAGAAAAUCCAGUUCUACAAAACCGCCUUCAUCAACCUGGCUGUCAUGCACUUUGUCCAGUGCCUGCCAAGUCGAGUCAAGGCCUUCACAGUCGCAGGAAAGCAGUUCACGCUGUGGGACAACUUCCUGGUUGAGGGCAGGCGCCGCGGUGGACAGGAAAUGACCUUGGAACAACUCAUCCAGUUCAUCAAGGAAAGGUUUGAUCUGAAGGUCUGCUGUCUCUUCUAUGGAAGAUCUCUCCUUUACUAUGGACAAGAGGACAGACUCAAGCAAAGGGUGUCUGAGCUGAUCGAGAAAGUGACCCAAGAAGAGAUUCCUCCUCAUAAGAACAUGAUGGAGCUGGUCCCGUCCUUCGAUGAGGAUGUGGACUGCGAGCUGGUUCCUAACAUCCACUACCUGCUGCUGUGA